AUAGGUUUCAAGUAUCGUCGACCGUUUUAGAUUUGGACAAUAAAGAUUUCAAAAAGCAAUUAAUGAAAGCACUUGCAGAGUUGAACUUCAGGCAUAAAGGAAAAACAAAGCUAUAUAUAGCUGCGGUGAAGAAUGAGAAUAUAAACGAAACACCGAAAAACUAUCUCAGUAAUGUGGAACAACACAAAAAAUGGCGCUGGAAUAAUUCAAAGUAUUAUAAGGGUCAUGACAGAAGACUGAAAAGAUUUGUUCCUGUACAUUCAAAGUACUUGUUCUCUUUGCGAGAAAAAAAUAAAGAUAGUAAAGCGAUACUCAGAAACGAGCACGAAGAUAUAUUACAUUCAUCAUCAGCGGAUAUUAUUUCAAUAGAAGAGAGAAGUACAACACCAAAAAGCAUAGAAUUUGAAGGUGGUGUAACCGAGAAGAACUGGAUUAAAGCUCAUAAAAACUUCAAUAAUAUUCAGAUAAAUGACAACGCACCCGAAUACUUAAAGUUAAUCCCAAAAGAUUCUAAAGAAAAUAUUCGAAGCUGGUGGUUCUUCAGUCAGCAUGAUUUCAAAGAAUUUUCGGGCGAACGAAAAGUAUAAGCAAAGAAAUUAAAUAUACGAAAA